AUGCCGCAUCGGAAGCGGAGGGCGCCGCUAUGGAGUGCAGGGAUGGAGGCCACGCGCUGUAUCCACACGUGCCUUUGGCUGAGCACAGCCUGGAUCCCCUUCGUGCUGUCGCACGGACUCGCCUCCGGCACAGAGCUCGCUGCCGGCACUGACGGCCGGGACACGGCGCACGGGCACGGCAAGCUGGCGUGGGCUGUCAGCCUGGACGUGCCGGAGGAGGAACUGGAGCAGCGGGCAGAAGAGCUGGCCCGGACUGCGGGGCUGGUGAACAUGGGCCGCAUCGGGGAGCUCAAGGGCCAUUACCUCUUCGCCUACCAGCCCGACAGCCACACGGCGCCCGAACACGAAGCAAUAAGGAGAUCGGUGGACACUUUGUUUGCACAGCAUGACAGCGUGCGGUGGCAUUCGGAACAGAAGCUUCUGAAACGCUCCAAACGCAGCCUGCACUUUAAUGAUCCCAAAUACCCCCAGCAGUGGCAUCUGAACAACCGCAAGAGCCCCGGGAAGGACAUCAACGUCACCGGCGUGUGGGAGCGGAACGUGACGGGGCGCGGCGUGACGGUGGUGGUGGUGGACGACGGUGUGGAGCACACCAUCAAAGACAUACAGCCAAAUUACAGCCCAGAAGGCAGCUAUGACUUGAACUCCAAUGACCCUGACCCUAUGCCUCACCCUGACGAGGAGAACGGCAACCACCACGGGACCCGCUGCGCGGGGGAGAUCGCCGCCGUGCCCAACAACAGCUUCUGCACGGUGGGGGUUGCCUACGGGAGCCGCAUCGCAGGCAUUCGAGUGCUGGAUGGGCCCCUCACCGACAGCAUGGAGGCCAUCGCCUUCAACAAGCAUUAUCAGAUCAACGACAUCUACAGCUGCAGCUGGGGUCCAGAUGACGAUGGGAAAACUGUGGAUGGCCCCCAUCAGCUGGGAAAGGCCGCCCUGCAGCACGGCGUGAUCGCAGGUCGCAGGGGGUUUGGGAGCAUUUUCGUAGUGGCCAGCGGCAAUGGGGGGCAGCACAGCGACAACUGCAACUACGAUGGUUAUGCCAACUCCAUCUACACCGUCACGAUAGGCGCGGUGGACGAGAUGGGCUCCAUGCCGUUCUAUGCCGAGGAGUGUGCCUCCAUGUUAGCCGUGACCUUCAGCGGCGGGGACAAGAUGAUGAGGAGCAUCGUGACAACAGACUGGGACUUGCAGAAGGGCACGGGGUGCACGGAGGGCCACACGGGGACGUCGGCGGCAGCUCCUCUCGCCGCCGGGAUGAUCGCGCUGAUGCUGCAGGUGCGGCCGUGCCUCACCUGGCGAGACGUCCAGCACAUCAUUGUCUUCACAGCCACCAAGUACGAGGAUCGUCACGCGAAGUGGGACACCAACCAGGCUGGCUUCAGCCACAGCCACCAGCACGGCUUUGGCUUGCUGAACGCCUGGAGGCUGGUGAACGCUGCCAAGAUCUGGGAGUCCGUUCCCUACCUCGCCUCGUACGUGAGCCCUGCCCUGAAGGAGGGCAGGAACAUCCCGCUGCUGCCGCGGGAGCUGGAGGCCACGUGGAACGUCUCCACCGCCGACCUGGAGCUGUCUGGCAUGCGAACCCUGGAGCACGUGGCAGUCACCGUCACCAUCACACACCCCCGCCGCGGCAACCUGGAGAUCAGGCUCUUCUGCCCCAGCGGCAUGAUGUCCAUGAUAGGAACCACCAGGAGCAUGGACUCGGAUCCCAACGGCUUCGCUGACUGGACCUUCUCCACAGUGCGCUGCUGGGGCGAGGAGGCACAGGGCACCUACAGACUGGUCAUCAGGGACACCGGAGAUGAGAGCCUGCGGCCUGGGACCUUGAAGCAGUGGCAGCUGACUUUGUACGGCUCCUCCUGGUCCCCAGCGGAGAUGAAGGAGCGGCAGAGGCUGCUGGAAGAAGCCAUGAGCGGGCAGUACCUGAACAGCAACUUCUCCCUGCCCUGCCCUCCGGGGCUGGAGAUCCCCGAGGAGCAGCACUACACCGUCACAGCCAACACGCUCAAGACCCUCCUGCUGUUGGGAUGCUUUGCUGUGUUCUGGACUUUCUACUACAUGCUGGAGGUGUGCCUGACCAGGAACAACGUGGGCUUCGACCUGAGCUGCAGAGGCUCCACCACCUGCAAAUGGUACCAGCAGGGCGGGAAGCACAGAGCCCUCGAGAACGGCCUGGAGAUGGAGUCGGUGCCGCUCUACAGGGAGAAGGAAGCUGAGGACGUCGAGAUGGAGUGCGAGCAGCUGGAGCCUGCCCAGGAGGACGUGCAGGAAGAGGGGUCCUGGACCCCCACCCACCCCAAACCCCCUACCAGCAGCAGAGCUGCCGGCUUCCACGAGGCAGCCCCCGCCGCGGCGGGGUACCUCGGCCGGGAGGCAGCGGCUGAGCUCCUCUCGGAGGGCAGGGAGCACCAGACAUGCUAGCUGGGGCUGGGGGCUUGGGCUGCUUUCCCCCCCCUCGGUACGUCCUUCCUGAGCGUGGGCAGCAGCAACUUCCUGAGCCCCCGGGGACCAUUGCCGCUGUGUCCUGCAGAAAGGGGUGCUGGAAGUGGCUCAAACAAGGAGAAAGUCUGCUGGCAGUGGAAGGGGAGCUUUCCUUUCCCUUGCUCUGGAAAACAAAGCAAGCCUUAAGCCCCUUGCUCCCUGUCCCCUGUGCUCUGACCCCGCCACCCCGUCCUCUCCGGCAAGGCGUACACCUGGGGGGGCAGAAGGCAGCGGGGCUUCCUCCAUCGUCCUGCCCAGAGGCUGCAGGGAGUAAAUGCAACCCGGAGGGUGCUGGGUGCUGCCUCCCCCACACCCCCGUUCCCAUAUGCUGCAGGGAGGGCGGAGGG